AUGAGAUUACUAUUAAUUAAUACAAGGUUGGAGAUGGUCAUGAUGUUGUUAAGUGUAGUGUAUUUUUCUAAACGACCGUAUUUAUCUCAAGCACGAGGUCGUACCGCACCUAUUCUUCUUUCUCCAAAAGAUGAUAUGCGGGAGACAUGGAACGAAAAAAUACUUUUCUCUAGAAUGUGUGACUCAAAUGUUCUACGAUUUCUCCUUCUUUGCGGAAAACUUAAACGGACUGUUCGAACUGGUUGGACACGUUAUAAUAUAAACUCACCUGAAAGUGUUUCUGAUCAUAUGUACCGAGUUGCAUUGAUGUCUGCGGUAAUUCCAACAGAUGAACGAAAAAAUUUAAACACAGAUCGCAUAUUAAAAAUGGCGAUUGUGCAUGACUUAGCCGAAUGCAUCGUAGGCGAUAUUACACCGCAUUGUGGAGUGUCGAAAGAAGAAAAAUUGUCCAGAGAAAAAAAUGCGAUGAACCAAUUAUGUGAACUUAUUUCAGAAGAGAAUAGCAAAGAAAUUAUGAAUUUAUGGACGGAAUAUGUUGAUCAGAAAACGCCAGAAGCGAUUAUUUGUAAAGAUUUUGAUAAACUUGAGAUGCUUUUGCAGGCUUAUGAAUAUGAAAAUGAAACACUUGAACCGGGAAAAUUAGAAUCAUUUUUUGAUAGUACUCUAGGAACAUUUAACACCAGUUUAUGUCAAAAGUGGGUCAAAGAACUGUGUUCAUUGCGGAGAAAUUUAUUUAUUCAGUGUGAAUCUAGUGAUAAGUGA